GUUGCAAACCGUACCCUUUGCAGACCGCACCCUUUGGCGUCACCGACCUGCAGUCCCACCUCGCGGAGCACGGCCUCGUCCGAACCGGCAAGCUGGCCAGUCUGCGGGGGCUGAGAGUCGGCGUCGACGCCGUGUUCUGGCUGCGCUCCGUGCAGAACAUGAAGGAUCCUUUCGCGGACGCCCUCGGGGGCAUACCGCCUGGCAUAUUCGGGUUCUUGGACAAGGGCGUGGCGCCUGGGCCGCAGAACUCCUCGUUCACCACGCGCAUGGACCAGUACGCAGAGCAGGCGUGGGCCCACCUCGGCGGGGGCAGGCAGAGCGAGGCGCAGAGGUGCUUCGCCCUUUCGUCGACCCGCAUCAAUGGGGACUUUGUGUACUUCAUCCUGAAGAAGGGAAGCGGCAUGCACAGGGGCUACGAGUGCCUCCAGGCACCGUACUUCGCGGGGGCGCAGCUGGCCCACUUCGCCGAGCAGGGCGUGGUGCAGGCGGUGUUCGGCCCCCCGGGGUUGCUGCUCUACGGCGUCCGGGUCGUCGCCAUCAAUCUGGCCUUUCAUGCACAGACGUUCGACUGGGUAGAGCUCGAUGACGUGCUCUGGCAGUGGAACAUCAGCCAGGACCAGUUUGUGGACGCCUGCAUGCUGGCGGGCACGGAGUACUGCCUCAGCUAUCCGUACCUGAGAAACGCGCACUGCCAGCUCCUGGACCAACCGUGGCGAUUCAACUUCGACGCGGCCGUGUCGAUCAUCAAGCAGGCGCCUCUGAUCGACUGGAUGGAGGCGUUCCCGACAGAGUGCGUGAAGAAUGACUACGUCGAGAGGUACUGCAUCUGCAAGGUCAUCGUGCAGAACUCUCCAGUCUUUCACUUGUCGGACGGCUCGGUGCGCCCUCUCGGGUCCGCCGCUUGCAACAGCCGAGCGCCUUCCAUCCCGCGCGACUUCCACGCAAUUGUGGGCGAAAAGUUGCCCAACAAUCUGUACGGGCUCAUCCUCCAAGGCACCAUAUCGCACAAGUUGCCUCAGGCGCUCGCCAGGGGCGAGUGGACCGACAAGACGCAGCCGCUGGUGGACACCGCGGAGUUUCGAACCUUACUGGUCGAGCUCACGGAUUACCGCGAGAUCGCACUAGGCUUGAUCGCGCGGCACUUGCCGAAGAAAUUUCAGGAGAAGCGGGUCCUGUGCAAAGCCUUCUACGACCCGCACCCAAUCCAGCAAAGUCUUCCCGGAGAGAAUAACCUCAUCGACGGUGCCCGCCUCAUCAGGCCCAGGAGUCAUUUGAACGGCUUGCGGUGGGACAUCAGGACGGAUGCGGUGCAGGCCGAGAUGCAGCGGCAAGGGGCCGACAUGGUUGAUUUCAAGUUCUGCGUCACUUGGCACAGGCAUGCUGUCGAACACGACGGGCCGCUGGUCAGAGGCAUUACGGAAAGGGGCCUCCCGCAGUGUUCGAACGACCUGAAUUCGCUGGCAGCGCUGGUCCAUUUCAUGGUCUUGGAGCACCUGGAGCUCAUAUCGGGCGAGGACGGGGGCAUGACCAUGCUGGAGGUCGUGCUGAGCAAAACCCCGAGGCGAUUCCAGGAGCCCUGCCUGGUCGCCCUGGAGAUGAUGAAGUUCGGCAUCCUCUCUGGGGACCCCUUCAACGCCGCAGGCCCAGAAGGGCAGUUCCCCUGGCAGGUGCAGUACCCAUCAGCAGGCGUGGGCCCGACGAAGAAAUCGGUGAUGCUGCUCAGCCGAGCCAUGUCGCUCGUGCCGAUGAAGCUCAAGAAAGACAUGUGGAACGCCCACGUGGAAUUCGACCUUGCCGCCUUCCACUCGCUGGUGCGCAUCCUCAAGCGAACGCUGAGGCAGAUCGUGGAGGCGUGCUUGGCGUCGGUCUUGCUGGAGGACCUCAGUAAGCUCAAGCUGCUCCCUGCGAACUUCAUGUGCGCCUCGCCCUUGAAGGACGAUCACCUUGCGACGCCAGCAGUGCUGCCCACCUUCAUGCUGUCAAGGGCCUGCAUGGGCAUCCUCGUGGUCCACUUGCUGACGUACCAUGGCAGCCCCGAGAGCUUUCGGCAAGGCCUGGCCGCGAAGUUCCCUUGCUGCGUGCAGCCUCUAGAGGACCUCAGGACCGCCAUCGACUUCUGGAAGGACCUGAAGCGCUGCGUGGACACCAUCGCGGAGCCGCUGGGGGCUGAGGAACUGGCAAGCGACAUGCAGUCGGCCACGGAGGAGCUGCAGCGCGCGCAGGACAGGCUGAGGAUACGCUAG